CCGUGCUCCUUUAUCUUUCCCCCACCUCCCCACGUUUCGCCUCCCAUUUCGAAGCCCACCGAAUUCCUUGCGAUUCCUCUCCCCUCGCCUCCUCCCCUAGGGGAUCGCCGGAGAGGAAUCGCGAAGAGGGCCAUCUCGUUCGAGGAAACAGCGCUGAACAGUCAGAAAGAAUACGGGGCUCUGUUGUAAAGGCGUCCCUUUUACACGUCUCGGGUGUGGUUGCGGCUAGUUGAUGCCUCUUUAGGUGUUUUGCCCAAAGUUGUUAAGGAAGCCAUGGAGCACAAGGAGACUGGAUACGGAUGCCAGGCCCCUGAGGGACCCAUACUUUGCAUCAAUAACUGUGGCUUCUUCGGCAGUGCGGCUACCAUGAACAUGUGCUCCAAGUGCCACAAGGAGAUGAUAAUGAAGCAGGAGCAGGCCAAGCUGGCUGCCUCCUCUAUCGACAGCAUCGUCAAUGGUAACGAUGCUGUGAAGGAACCAGUUGUUGCUGGCAACGCAGCGGUAGCUGUUGCUCAAGUUGAGGUGCAAACACUCAAUGUCCAGCCCUUUGAUGUUGCUGGUCCCAGCGAAGGGGUGGCGAUUAUCCCCAAAUGGAAGGAAGGGCCAAACCGGUGCAGCACUUGUAGGAAGAGGGUUGGGCUUACGGGAUUCAACUGCCGGUGUGGGAACUUGUAUUGUGCAGUCCACCGCUACUCUGACAAGCAUGACUGCAAGUUCGACUAUCGAACUGCGGCUAGGGAUGCCAUUGCCAAGGCUAACCCAGUGGUGAAGGCGGAAAAGCUUGAGAAGAUCUAGGGGUUCGUACGGUUUGCGGAACAAAAGAUUUGCAAUCUCUGGUGCUUCCAUCAUGCGGAUUUGCUGCUUUAUCCAUGCCUUUCCCUUUCAUGUUGGCUGCUACAGUCUUCUUGUUCGGCACUUGGAUGCAUGGCACACACUUCUGCGGCUUCAAGAAUCCUCUUCUCUACCUCUGGUCAGUUCAAAUGGUCUGCAUGUUGGCUAUGUUGUGUAAGCUUUAUUUAUGGUCGUCUCUUGCUCCGGCGGAGCUUCGCAUUUAGCUAGCUCUGUGAUGUACUAUUGUCCUUGGCGUGUUACACUGCAACCAGUAAUAGUAAUCUGCAACCGUCCGUUAUACGGUGCUGAUGAUCAUUUGCUUCAA